AUGAACGCGAAGCGCAAUGCGAAGAUCGUCGCUUCGUCAGGGAUGUACAAGACAUCUCGCUCGCAGUCCAGAACGCGCAUUCACAGUCCAAGGAAGAUCGGCUACGUUUCCGGCGGAGCGAUCUGCGAGACCAUCGACAAGGCCGCAACUGAGUAUCAUGGCCUUGCGACAGUCGGCGGUACGGUCAACGAUUAUGACUACGCGUCCGCUGAUGCUCAACAUGGCGGUAUAGCCGGCCUGACCCUCGGCGGAGGCUGCGGCUACCUGUCGCCGUCUCACGGAAUCGCCCUCGACGACGUCCUCAAAGCCACCGUUGUCCUCGCUGAUGGACCGGUCGUAAAGACAGAGAACACCGAUCUAUGUUGGGGCAUCCGCGAUGGCGAGUCGAACUCCGGCGUCGUCUCUGAUCUCGGUUUCUACUAG